AUGGAGUUUUUGUGGCUGUACUCUCUUUGCCAGUGCAUCGUCUCAGUGGCCGUGAUAGUGGUGAGCGUGAGGUUAUGUAUGGCGGUAGGGGGUACAGCAACUGACGGCCACGGUGGGAGCCAGGGUGCAAGACCCAAGCACGGGAGUGUGUCCUGCUGUCUUUGCCUGUGCCUGGGCUGGGUGGGCGCCAUAGGCGGUGCACUAGAGAUUCCCGUCGUUGUCUUCCUCAAUUUGAGGACACCGCAGUGCUUGUACACCUGUAUCACCUUGGUGUGCUGCCCCCUGCUUGUGAGGCAGUUUACCAUGUGCCUGUUUGUGCUGAUCACAUUGGAUCGCCACCUACAGCAUCACUGGCCCAGCAGGUACUCCUGUUUGGUGACCCGUCAGCGAGCCUUAUGUGUCGUCCUUCUGUGCUGGAUGGCCUCUGUUCUGACCUCUUUCGGCCAGUUCAUCAGCUCCGAUGUCCUUGACAGGUGGGGUAAGAUGGGCCUAGAUCAAGACACAGCUGACCCUGAGUUGGAUGGCAACUGGACCACACCUUCACCUAAUCUGACCCCUCCCCCUCAAUAUCCACACGAGCGCAUGGUUAUUGGAAAGCACCUUCCGUAUGGAGGUUUUUUGUCGAAGUUUUACAUGGAGGAUUUGCGCAAUUUCACCUAUGCAGAAAUCCACAGUAGCCACUGGGGUAUUUGUGCUCCCGAUUUAGUGCUGAGCCCCCAAUUCCUGGUCUAUGUACAUGGGACGGCUGUGUUCAUGCUCCCAUUGCUUUUCCUGCUAUUUCUUUACCUCGAUCUUCAGUGCAAAAAACCCAAGCAUUUUAGUUUGUCAGAUAUGCCAAAAUAUGACUCCUGGAGGCUCCGCUCUUUGGCUCUCUCUGUGUCCUUCUUAGUUUUGCUGUGCCUGCCGAUGCAAAUCAUCCAUGCCGUCUUGCUCUUCACCCCCAGCAAAACCCUCCCAUCCUGGGUUCACGCCAUGGCUGUGUUCUUCUUCCAGUUGUACGGUCUUGUACCCCAGGUUCUCUUCACUCCUCCUGGGAAACAAGAGAGUGAUGAGAGGGCAGCAUUUGCUCUCUCUACUCCUCCCCUGGGGGUUUUGCCACCCUCUGGGAUGUCUGCCCAUAAGGCCUUGUGUGAGGCAGCGCGUGCGGCUCCAUGGGCCUCGGCCAAAAGCUCUCUCAAAGUCAAAGUGUGCCCAGAGGUCUGA